GCCGAAGGGCGGGGCAAUGACUGGCUAGAAGCCAAUCACGGCGCAGGCUCUAGGAAGCGCUGAGCAGCGACGAAUCAGAACGCAGUAGCGUUGAUCCCAAGUAGCGCGCGUGAAUUUGAACGCACUGGCAGGGCGCCGGGCUCCUGUGAGCAGAUUUGUUCGCUUGCUGAGGUGCUGAGGUAUCUUUCCGUAGGUCCCCCGCAGGAGUGGACGCGGGUCCAAAGGGAGACUGAGGAACGAAGGAAUUUAGUUACGAUGAUGACAACUUUUACUCCAAGGAAGAGGAAGCGACAUACACUGAAGGCUGAUAAUGAUGAUAGCCUAUUAACAGAUAUUUCAUCAAGCAAACUAAGAUUUGCUGAAAAUCUAUAUUCAUCACCUAAUAAGAAACAUAAUUGUCAAAGCAGUGUUCAAAAGGAAGAAAAGCCAUGCUCCCACCAACGACAUUUCACUUCAAGUCCACUCAAAACAACUGAAAAUAAUAUGUUGUCAUUUGCAAACCACAGCUCGUUAUUUAAACCAGUUGUGUCUACUGUAUCUUUCUACAAUAAAAAUAAGCACUACCUCAAUCCACUGGAGAGGAAGUUGAUAAGAGAGUGUAAAUCUAUUUGUCUAGCAACUAAAAAUGAAGAUAAACCUUUUCCCUGUGUGACAGAAAAAAUUCAGAGAAAACCAGUCUGUACCAAGAAUAAAAAAAGGCAGAAGAGUUUAACUGCUAAUCAACAACCAAAUUACAAGCACAUCAAGUCUAUAUCAAGAAACCUGAAAAAUUCCAAGCCAAGUCAAGUGACCUAUAAGCCAGUUGUGGAUAAAGAGAACAGUUGUUUUCCCACAGAAAAUCCUCCAAAUUCUCCUCCUCGGGUUCUAAGCCAGAAAAUAAGACCACGAGUUACACUCCAAGGUGGAGCAGCAUUUUUUGUUAGGAAAAGAAACUUUCUUAAAAAGUCGCCUCUAGAAGAUAAGCCAUUACCAAUACUUUUGCAGAAAAAUGAACCAGAGGUCACUGAAGAUGCCCCUGAGGCAAAGCAAGUCCCAAAGUCCUUGUUAGUGGGAGAGAAAUCAAAUGUUGAGCUACUGGACGCAAGAAGUGAAAGUGAAGAGAAACUGGGAAAGAAUUCCUCAGGUGCAGUAGUUUCUUCAAAGGAGUGUAAACUUGAUAAACAUAAUUUUCCUUCAGAGAAGUCACUUGAGAACAAGACAAUUUCUUCAGAGUCUGUCUAUUCUAUCUUCAGUGUUUCUUCAACGAACACAAAAAGGUCUCCAUCUGAAGAACAGUCUUCUGUGGGAUCCACUUCAUGUACUAACUUCUUGAAACAGACAAAUGUACAGAAAAAUAUUAAUUUCAGAGAUACAAAUAAAGGAGGAAAAGACCAGCUUGUUAUUGACGCGGGUCAGAAACAUUUUGGGACGACUAUGUGUAAGUCUUGUGGCAUGAUCUAUACUGCUUCCAACCCUGAAGAUGAAAUACAACAUCUCCAACAUCACCACCGAUUUCUGGAGGGAAUUAAAUAUGUGGGAUGGAAAAGAGAACGGAUAGUAGCAGAGUUUUGGGAUGGGAAGAUUGUGUUGGUCUUGCCACGUGAUCCAAGUUAUGCCAUCAAAAAGGUAGAGGAUGUCCAAGAACUUGUGGAUCUGGAAUUGGGUUUCCAGCAAGUUGUUCCCAUGUGUCCAAACAAAACCAAAACCUUCCUCUUUAUUGAUGAAAAGAGAGUAGUUGGAUGUUUAAUUGCGGAACCCAUCAAACAGGCCUUUCGUGUCCUGUCAGAACCAAGUACCACUAAAGAAUGUUCUAGAGCUUGGCGGUGUUCAGAUGUACCAGAACCUGCAAUUUGUGGAAUAAGUAGAAUCUGGGUUUUCAAACUAAAAAGAAGAAAACGCAUUGCAAGACGACUGGUUGACACUGUCAGGAAUUGCUUCAUGUUUGGCUGUUUCCUCAACAUUAAUGAAAUUGCAUUUUCUGACCCAACACCAGAUGGCAAAUUAUUUGCAACCAAGUAUUGCAACACCCCUAAUUUCCUUGUAUAUAAUUUUCAUAGCUAAAACCAAUUGUGACCACAAAUCUGGUACUAUGUGGAAAAGUUCAGCUAGAUAAAAACCAAUUAGUAUCAGAAUGAAAAUUGUAAGACUGUACACAUGUACAUACAAGUUUUUCUUUAUGUGUUAGAUAAUUUGUUGAGAAUUGUUUGAGAUUCAAAGGGAAAAAAGAUCUUCAUAUACACUCUUGAGUUCAUAAUUCUGAAAAACUUCACAGAACGGUAGCUUUCGCAAAAACUGGGCCACUUUAUAAGGAACACGUGAACUCACUUUUAGACCAUGUGGUUGUCUCAUGUUACAUCAGUAGAGGCAAAUCUAAACACAGGCCAUGAGACAAUUCCGGAAUUCCUUAUGUAGUGAUCCUACUUUACGAGCAUAUUGUAGCAGCUAAGUUGAAAAUACUUAAAAGUAUUUUGAAUUUCUGGUUUAGAUAGCAGAAAUCAUUAUUCAUAUCUACUUAGGUAAAAUAAUUCCAUAAUCCCUUAGAAAAUUAAUCAAAAGCAUGCUUAUCAUAAAAUUUAAUUAAGGCUAUUUGGCAUUGUUAUCUGAUUUUAUUAAAUGAAAUUGCUGGUAGGUAAUGAAAGUCAUGAAUCAGACUAAUGAACCUAAGAACGUAAUGACCUUAUGGAAUACUCUGUUUACCUAAGUUCACCUCAGAUUUUCUGAAUUUGAUACUCAUUUCUAAAACAAAAAAUUCAGGUGGUUUUAAUUGUUAAAGGUCAUUUAACUGAUACCUGGCAUGAGACAUUAAGGAAGAAAUUUUUGUUUCUAGGUUGUAUUAUUGUUUGUAAAAUUGGUUCAUCUUUAGUCUAAUUUGCCUGUAAUCCUUCCAAAAAUAGUGAGAAAGUGUUAAAAUUAUAACAUUUUAAUGCUAUUUUCUGCACAAAAUCUUAAAUGUUUAUUAUAUUUUAUUAACAAUCCAUUGUUCAGUGACUUGUGAGAAGCCAAUCACAGUUGUUCUAAUUAUGUAUGUCAUGCAUGCAUUUCAAGGUGCCUCCAUGGAGUUAGAGAACAACCCUUGGGAGUUACUUCUCCCCUACCAUACCUUCCAAGGAUCCAAGUCAGAUAGCCAGGCUUCUGCAAGUACCACAUAUAGUAAUAAUUUGAGUCCAACCAAAAAAUGAAUUGUGGACAACAGUUAAGUCCUAAGGCAAACUGCGCAUUAGAGUAUAGCAAUGGAAAGGAGGAAAAUGAGCAUCACACUAGCAGGUACCCUGCUGACAAUAGCAACAGCCAGUGCUACUGGGUUGAGAUUUGGUUUGCUACAUCAGAAGGGUAUUUACCUUUCUCAAGUAUAAUUCCAUGUGAACAUGAACUAAACCUUAAGACAAGUCCCAGUUGUACAAAAUAUAUAACCACCAUACCUUAAGACUCAAAAGCAAUGAAAAACAAAAGUUUGAAAUUUAGUCAAAGGGUCAUGACAUCCUGAAGUGUGGCAUUUGAAUGGGAUCUUGGAACAGAAAAAGUCACUGAACAGUAAAUCUGAAUAAAGUAUGGAGUUGAAUUGCA